AUGGCCGCACUUUUGAAUCAACCCCCGACAGAAGGACCCCACCGCUCCCUCGACGCAGCCCUCGAAGCCCAGCAGUACCUGCAAUCUCGUCUCUCAAGCACCACCGACAGCCCCUCUUUCCGCUCAAUCCCCAUAAUUGAUCUUACAAAAUCCUUCUCCUCCUCUCUAACGGAAAGGCAAGUUGUAGCUAAAGAGAUCAACGAGGCGUGCACCAAAGUGGGAUUCUUCUUCAUCACCGGACAUGGAAUACCAGAUGGAGUUUGCAACGAUGUAUUGAAGCUUGCGAGGAGGUUCUUCCAUGAGUUGCCACAGGAGUCGAAAGAAGAACUACACAUGAGGAAGAAUGAAUACUUUCGGGGCUAUGAGCCAGCCGAAUCUUCGUCUAGCAAUGACUUCACAAGUAAAGAGUCGAAGGAGGCGUUCAACUGGGGCUAUGAAUCUGGGCUGGACCCAACGGGUGGUGAUGGAAAGUAUGUGGAAUUGGAUGGGAAGCCCGAAUUCGCGGUGAACAUGUGGCCGAAAGAAACCGAACUGCCUGGGUUCUACGAAGGAAUUGCGAAAUACUAUGGACAUGUUCUCCAACUGUCAAGACACCUGUUUCGCCUCUUUGCCCUCUCAUUAGCUCUGUCUGAGGAUUAUUUCGACCCCAUGAUGACACACCCGGGAGGAAUUGCACGAUUGAUCCGCUACCCACCAAGUACCAAUUCUAAGCCUCUGUCUGAAGUCAACGAAGACGAAGAGAUUGGUCUCGGCGCCCACUCCGAUUACGAAUGCUUCACUCUCCUGCUGCAGGACUCCAAUCCCGGUCUUGAGGUUCUGAGCCCAGAUGGAAGAUGGGUCGGUGCUGAGCCCGUACCGGGAGCAUUCGUGGUCAAUGUUGCGGAUUUCCUGAUGCGAUGGACAAAUGGAGUCUACAAGAGUACAAUCCAUAGGGUGGUCAACCGGACUGAUGAAGAGAGAUACAGUAUCCCACUGUUCUUCUCCAUCAACUACGAUGAGACGGUGGAGACGCUCCCCUCGUGUGUCAGUGAGGGGUGCCCAUCUCUGUACCCGCCGAUCACGGCCGGGAGAUACGUACUGGAUAGGUUAUCUCUGACCGUGAAGACUGGCAAGUACUAA